CCCUAUUUUUUUUCUGUAUAAUUACAGAAUAAAGGCGUUCGUCGCUCGUCAAGUGUAUGGUUUCUUCACUGUGGUUUCGUUGCGGUCUCGCCUCCGCAGCGCCCUAUAAAGCGAGGGCAGAUCGGCCGUCCUCCUCAACGAUUCGGGUAGCGUUGGAGCGGGAUUCGCCAUUGGAGCUCUUCAUUCGUAGCUCCUUGCGCCGAUUGCUUAGUGAGCAUCAGUAACCAAACACACUUCAAAAGGUCCAAGUGCAGAUGGCUCACGGCGUCGGUGUCUGCUCCUGUGCUCAGACAAUGGACAAACCUCCAAUGAAAGAACCACCCUCGAAUUCCAGCACAUUAGGUGUCACCGAACCAGCACGAUCGGUGGACGCCUGUUUCGACUGCAAUAUCUGCUUCGACUGCGCGGUAGAGCCGGUCGUCACGCUCUGUGGCCAUCUCUACUGCUGGCCUUGCGUCUACCAGUGGAUUCAACUUGAAAGCAUCUCGCAUAAGCAGUGCCCCGUGUGCAAGGCCCGUCUCUCCCAAGACACUCUUGUCCCGCUCUACGGCUGCGGACGACUCCAACAGACCGCAGCCAAGGGAGACUCUGAUGUUCCACGACGUCCAACAACCCGCAUGCCCUAUGAUCAUGCUCCAUUAUCUUAUCCAAUGCAUCAGCAGCAGCCGCAAUUCCACCAAGACAACGGACAUGUAUCAGGGUCUUUUGGGCUCGGCGGCUUCGUUAGCGACGAUCCCCCAUUUGUUUCGGGCAUCCACGGAGAAAGUUUACACCAUGAGCAAUCUUACUAUCUGACACUGAAUGGGAAGAGUACCAGGCUUAGGCAGUUGAUGCAUUUGGAAUGCUUACUGCAUCAGAUUUGGAUCUUCCUCUUCUUGUGUGUUGUAGUAUGUCUUCUGCUGUUCUAGCUGUUUUCUAAAACGCAUUUUGUUUCUAAACAAGUACUAUUUGGAGUGGUAGAAGAUCAUGUUUAAUAUAAGUCAACAUGUAGAUUGUUAACCAUUUGAAGGAGAUUGGAGAGGGUUAAGGUCUAGUUGUUUUUGCAUAAAAUGGCUUCUCUAUGAUACUUCUUUUUUUCUGAGAAUGUAAUUUGUACCCAUGAGCAUUUCGGAAAUGUAUCGAUCAAAAAUCAACUCUCAAAAUUAAGCCACCUUUA